AUGAGUAAUUCGCAACAGUCUUAUACUAUUUGGUCGCCGCAGGACACGGUGAAGGACGUUGCAGACUCUCUUGGAAUCUCUAAUGCCAGCGAUGAUGUGUUGAGAUCACUGGCGAUGGACGUGGAAUACCGGAUUCUAGAGAUUGUGGAACAGGCAGUGAAGUUCAAAAGACAUGCAAAGAGAGAGGUCUUGACUACUGAGGAUAUCGCUCGUGCUCUUCGGGUACUGAAUGUGGAGCCUCUUUACGGGUAUCAAGACGGCUCGGCGAGAUCCAAAGAUGUGUCUUUCUCGAAAAUUUCAGCACAAGGAGGCCAAUCGCUGUUUUUCUUGAACGACGAGGAGGUGGACUUCGACAAGCUUAUCAAUGAACCGCUGCCUCAAGUGCCACGGUUGCCUACGUUCACCACGCAUUGGCUGGCAAUAGAAGGAGUUCAACCCACAAUUCCGCAAAACCCAAGUCUCAACGACAUUCGAUUGUCACAGCCACCUAUUGUACGUGGUGCUAUUGUCACCACCGUCAAUGAUACCAGCUUGCAAACGUCGGCGUCCGAGGAAAAGGAGUCGCAGCACAUAUCUUCAAUAAAGCCGGGUCAGGCCAACGAAGUCAAGCCUUUGGUUAAACACGUUCUUUCCAAAGAGUUACGAAUCUAUUUCGACAAAGUCGUGAGCGCCCUCACGGCUAAGGAAAAUGAUGACAAAGCACAACAUUUAAGAGCCGCUGCCCUUACGUCUCUACGAUCAGACACAGGUCUCCAUCAGCUUGUUCCGUACUUUAUUCAGUUUAUUGCCGAACAAAUAACUCAUAAUCUGUCUGAUUUGGAGCUGCUCACAACUAUGCUCGAGAUGAUAUAUUCCCUUCUCAGCAAUGAACAUAUCUUCUUGGACCCCUACAUUCAUUCAUUGAUGCCUUCCAUAUUAACACUUCUUCUGGCGAAAAAACUUGGCGGGUCUCAACCUCUAAAAACUACAAAGGAGCAGGCUGAGGACUCACAAUCAGAGUCUAAAUCUUCUUUCGAAAAUUUUCUUGACAAAACGAACGCUUUACGCGAUUUUGCCGCUUCUCUUCUUCAGCACGUACUGAAGAAAUUUCCCCAAGUCUACAAGUCUUUGAAGCCACGAGUGAUGAGAACUCUGCUGAAAACUUUCCUCGACACGAACCGGUCCUUUGGAACUUAUUACGGCUGCAUAAGAGGCGUUGCCGUCCUUGGGCCAGAAUCCGUGAGAUUCUUUUUAGGUAAUCUACAAAGUUGGGCGAAUCUUGUGUUUGAAGAGCAUAUCUCUGACGGCGUUAAAGAUGGCGAAACUGUCACGCGAAAAUUCUCUGAUUUAGAAAGCAAGCUCUUGUGUGACGUCAUCAUCAGUUCGCUUCUUGUGUUGAACGCUGACCUACCUAGUGGCAAGCAGUACGAGGGUGAAUUGUCCGACGAUGAGAAAGAAAAAUUGAAAGAACGCUGUGGAACCACGAUCUCAUCACGUAUAAUUGAGAGAUCUGACGCAAAGGAACUCGUAGCCGCCAUCUUCUUUGGAGAGUAG